CUGUACUUAUUUUGAUCGGGCUGCAGCCCUAUCAAACCAUUUUCCUAUAGGAAGAGAGAUUAGGGGGACGAGAGAUUAAGGGGUGUGGAACUGGAGAAUAGAAGAAGUUUCAUGUGAAGGGAACCAAACUAGAAAUAGGCGGGAGAGGGGCGCUUUGCACGAGGAAAUAAAUCCAAAGUCUAGAGAGAGAGAGGUAUUUGAGGGUUUAUCAGGAGAGAGAGAGAGAGAGAUAUUUGAGGGUUUAUCAGGAUUUCCAAAGAAAGCAUCACAAAUCAGGAGCGGUUUUGGAAACAGGACAUGGAGCUUAAAAGGAUGAUGGAGAAAGGUCUUUUGUCUUCCUUUUCAAGAUCAUUGCAUAUGCUCUCAAAGAACAUUCAAGGAUCCCUCAAUCUGCAUUUGCAACCUCUGGGAAUUUUUGGUAGAAGAGAAUAUCUGUCUAAAGCCUACUUUGAUGGUGACAAAGGAUGGACCUCUUCUGGCUCUAUACAGGGUGCAGCCCUCAAGAGUGGCAAGGCAGAGCUCCAAACUACAGGUCAAAGAUUUUCAAUGCUAAUGGAGAGUUUAAAGCGCAGACAUUUUUCAACAACUGGAAAUGGUGCUGAUGAUCAAAAAAAUGAAAAGGAAAAAAUCUCUGUGACAUUCGUGGACAAGGAUGGUAAUGAGAAAGAAAUAAAGGUCCCGAUUGGCAUGUCCAUGUUAGAAGCUGCUCAUGAAAAUGACAUAGAUCUUGAAGGGGCAUGUGAAGGCUCCCUUGCAUGUUCAACUUGCCAUGUUAUUGUAAUGGAUGUGGACCACUAUAAUAAACUGGAAGAUCCAACCGAUGAAGAGAAUGAUAUGUUAGAUCUCGCCUUCGGACUUACAGAAACAUCACGGUUAGGUUGUCAAGUGAUCGCGAAGCCUGAACUGGAUGGGAUCCGCCUAGCUCUGCCGGCUGCUACCAGAAACUUUGCAGUGGAUGGAUAUGUGCCCAAGCCUCACUGAAACUCGAAUGAUAGAAUGCAUCCUCUUUGAGUGUAUAGAAUGCGACUAUAGCAGUUUUGUAAUAUCUUCAUCAUGUAGGCAUACCAAGGAAGGGCUCUCGGCUCUCCCACCUGUGCUUGUUUGAGAAAUCCAUAUUGACAGUUCAUGGUCAUGAACAUUUGUUCUGUAAUAUUAUGUACUGUCUGUUCUUAAUGGGUAUGCUACACAUUUAUUGACAACAAAGAAUAGUUCAAUUAUGGAA